AUGGCGUUUCUUCUUGAUCUUUUGGGUUUGGGUCAUAGUAAAAACGCUUAUGAUCAGGUAUAUCAACAACAAAAUAAUUAUGGUGGCGAUUAUCAAAACUAUGGAGACAAUAUGCAACAACCUCACCAUAAAGCAUCAUGGACACAUGAACUGAUCGGUGGUGCAGCAGGUUUUGCAGCCAUGAAAGCUUAUGAAGAUCAUGUUCGUAGUACAGGUGAAAAAGUAUCACAUCCGUUGAUGAAGGAAAUGCUUGCAGGUUUUGCUGCCGCCGAGGUUGAUAGACUUUUUGAAACGAAAGGACUCGAUUUUCUUGAUCGAGAAAAGGCCAAACGGCGUGCUAUUGAUCAAGCACAUCAUAUCGCUAAUGAACAAUACGGACCAGGUGGAACUUUUAACUACGAACAAAAUCAGUACGGAUCCGCUCAAAAUUAUUAUCAGCAGCCAGGUGGACCAGGUUAUAAUCCACAACAAGGGGGACCAGGUUAUUAUCCACAACAAGGGGGACCUGGGUAUUAUCCACAACAAGGUGGACCAAAUUAUUACCCGCAACAAGGGGGAUCAGGUUAUUAUCCACAACAAGGCGGACCAAAUUACUACCCACAACCAGGUGGACCAGGCUAUAAUUCACAACAGGGAGGAUCAAAUUAUUAUCCACAACAAUGUGGGCAAGCAUUUGGCACAGUAGGAAACCUAUUUAAUUUAAUUGUUUUCCUCCAACCUUAUCUUCGUACAAAUCCAUGUUCAAUUUAUAUACUAGCCUAUACUAUUGUUAGUAUCUGUUGGGUUGAUUUCGUUGCACUCACAGCUUCACUUAGCAUUGGCUUCUCAACUGAUCUUGGCACACAAUUACAGACUGCCUGUCAAAUUCGCACUUACAUAAUUUACGUAACAAUUAACUUACUACCUGCUUUUCUUAUUUUAGCGGUAUUCGAUCGUACCUGUGCGACUUCAAGAAGAUUGAUUAUUCGUCAGUAUAGUUCAGUCAAAGUGGCUGUUUAUUCUAUUUGUGGUGUAACACUAUUCUGGUUACUGUUCAAUAUUCCUGCCUUGAUCUAUACUGAUAUUGAACAACGUCCAACUGGACAACCAAUUUGCACGCCACUACCUGGCAAUUUUUUCAAUAAUUUUAUUUUUGUCUUUUUUGCAGUUAGCUAUGGACUUCUACCACCGAUAAUAUUGAUCAUUUUAGGGUUCAUCACAUUAACCAAUUUAAUUCGUUUUCUCAAUACAGUUCUGCCAAUAAAUGAUAUCUUGCAAUAUCGUCCUAAUGAGAAAGAACGUCAAUUGAUUGUUAUGCUUCUUACACAAGUAUUAGUGACUGUCUCAUGUCAAAUCCCAUCAUCUGUUUUUCAAGUAUAUGCAGUCGUCACACGCAAUUAUGAAAAAUCUUAUCAGAGACUAGUUGUUGAAUUAUUUAUUUAUAAUUUAUUUGUUCUACUUUUGUUUCUACCAACCUGUUUAAGCUUCUAUGUUUAUUUUGCAACGGCAAAGACUUUUAGAAAUGAAUUUCGACGUGUUGUUAAAAAAGCUUGUAUGUUUUAA